AUGAAAGAGCAACUCCUGGCAGAGAAAAGUGCCUCUCCAGGGUCUGAAAAUGAAUGCCCCCACAGUGACCUGACAGAUGCAAGACUAAGGUUAGACAAAUUAAAUGUUUCUGCCGUUUCCCUCCAACCCUUGAGCAAAAUUGAAUAUACUUACAAAAAUGGAGAGGAUGGAUUCCUGCAAAUUACCACAAAGGACAUUCUGUAUACUGUUACGGAAUUAGCUAAACUUAAAAAGGAAUUCUGUUGUACUCAAGAGUCAGAAACCGAAUAUGUUUGGAGAGUAUCUCUGUCUGCAAGAGAUCAAAUUUUACUAAGUGAGAACGAAGCUGAGGGAUACUGGCGGCCAGGAGUAGUGACCUGGUCCUUAACUCAAAGAGCAACUUACUGGGCUAGAGGUCUUAACCCUUUGGAAAGGGGAGAUCCCCUCAUCCUCACAGGGAUAGUCAACCAGUUGGUAGAAAGCGUACAGAAAGCAGCAUGUCUACAAAUGAUGUAUGAUUUGGAACUUAGACUUAAACAGGAGUCCCUGAUGAUGAUACUGGUCGAUCCUGAACAUAUGAUUCUCCUCAUUCAGGGUCUUCCCAACUCCCUGAAAGCUGUGGGGAUUCAACUGCAUGGAAAGAUACAAACAAUAUCCCAAAGCAGAAGGGCCAUUGCUGCCCUGGAAGGAGUGCUGUCACCUGAUCGAAAGACAGAGAAGAAAGCAUGGACAUGGGCAGAAGUUGCCCAGGGAUUAAUUAAUUAUGGGAGAAAGUAUGGUCCUGUCAAUAUUUCUAGGAAAAUUGAUACUAAGGAACUGAGGCAAACAGAGGUAAAAAUCCCUCCUUACCCAAGUAAUGAGAACUGCCUGACACCUCCUACUUCCCCAGGAGGUAGAAAUAUUCUAAACAAAAAACAAAGGUUACAGGUAUUGGGGUGGCAAAAGGGUAUUCCUAAAGAUUUAAUAGAUGGAUUACCCACUGAAAAAUUGGAAAAGUUGGUAUUAGAGUGGCCCAAAAUAAACCUGUGGGCCCUAAGGAAAAUGAAAGACCCCCACAAAAUGUGGAAGGCCCUAGUGCCCCACCACUUACAGAUUUAUCAGAAACUACACCGUAUCCUCUCACCCAUGGGGUGGAAAACUAACUCCUCCACCCGUUGA